AUGUCCAAAUCGAAGGCUUCAAGCAUCGCCGAUGGGGCCGAACGAGCGAGUCAAACCGGAGUCCAGACGAGAAGCGGAGCAUCGACGCGCCCCGCGGCUCCACCGGUCGAAGAACAGGAGGAAAACUCCAGGGAAACCGCCGAAACGUCCGAAACAGAACAAACCUCGACGGAACGAACCUCUACCACCGCCAGCGAGAAAACAGCAGUAGAAGAGGACUCACGACGGAAGAAGCGUGCGCCUCAGGGAAAGGAAAGCAGGAGGAAAAUUUUGGAAGCUGAGGAAAAGCUGGCGGAAUUGAAACUGGCAGAGGCACGUGCAUCGCUCGCCCUCGCAGAAGCCAAGCUGGCCAGGGAAAAGGCCAUGCUGGCCUGCGGAGACGAGGAGGGAAACGAGGUAGCAGAAAAGGAAACGGACAAGGUGGAAGAGUGGCUGCAAGGGCAAACCAUUAACCCUGCGGCCGAGGAAAAAGAAAAGCAGAACGAAAAUGAAGAAAAGAAAAAUGAAAAUUCGGAAAAUGAACCGGAGCACAGAAAAGCUGAAGAAAAACAAAAGAGCAGCGACAUCACUUCGCUGGCGGCGGCGCUCACACAGGCCGUCCGCAUGUCAAGAGACGCCCCCAGGUUUCUCCAAGAGCUUCCCCCGUUCGCCGGACAUUCGACGGGGUGGCUCGGCUACAGGGCGGCGUACUACGAGACUGAAGAAAUGUUCUCGCACACCGAGAAUACUAUGAGGCUAAGAAGAAGCCUCAAGGGAGCAGCCCUCGAAGCGGUCGAGAGUCUACUCAUCAGCCAACCGGAGCCGCGAGCAGUCAUCCAGGCGCUGGAAAGAAGAUUCGGCCGUCCAGACACACUGGCGAUGGGUGAAAUACAGAAAAUCAAGGCGUUGGGCAGGCUGAGUGACAGCCCGCGCGAACUCUGCAUAUUUGCUAACAAGAUAGCGAAUGUGGUGGCCACGCUGGAGACACUUAAAAAGGUACACUAUAUGUUUAAUCCUGAAUUAGUGAAAAGUAUUGUAGAAAAGCUGCCGCCCAUUCUGCGCAACAAGUGGUACGAUUUUGCCGCAAGAAGAAAAGAAGAUACGUCGGACUUGAAGAAGAUGACCCUGUUCCUCAAUGAAGAAGCCGACAAAUGCAGUGCGUAUGCGCUGCCCGAGGAGACCGAACCUCACCCGGAGAGGCCCCAGAGAAGAAGACUGGAACGGGCUUUCGCCACAGAGGUAAGUGGCAGGAAAAGGUGCCCGAUGUGCCAGAACGAACACCACUUGACGGAGUGCAAGCAGUUCCUCGGGACCCCUGUGAACGAGCGCUGGAACAUAGCGAAAAAGAACCGCAUCUGUUUUCAAUGUUUGCGGAGCAACCACCGCCGAGGGGGCUGCGGGGUAAAGAGGUGUAGUGUCAACGGGUGCGGCAUGGCGCACCACCGCCUGCUGCAUCACUCCAGACCACCGGCAGACCAGCAACAGCCGACGGCGCCGCCACAGGCCAUGGAAGCAGGGGAGGCAGCGACCGUGGAAAUAGUGAGCAGCACCAACUGCCUUCAGGAACGACAAGCCUUCCUAAAGGUCGCUCCGGUCACGGUCUUCGGCAAGAACAGCACCAGAAUAGACACCUACGCACUCAUGGACGACGGCAGCACAGUAACACUCAUCGAUGAAGACCUGGCGGAGCUCCUCCACCUGGACGGGCCUCGCCACGACAUGUGGGUGCAGGGCCUCAGUGAUACAAAGAAGUACGAAAACAGCAAAAAGGUAAGCUUCAAGAUAAGGGGGCGCCACUGUAAAGAAGAGUACGGCGUGGGGAGUGCAAGAACAGUAAAGAAGCUGCUAUUCACGCCGCAGAAAAUUCGCAAGGAAGACCUGCACGACUGCGCGCACCUGAGGGGCCUUGAAGACCACCUGAUGUACGAAAAUGCGCGCCCGAGAAUCCUGCUGGGUCAAGACAACUGGGAGUUGCUGCUGGCCCUCGAGACGAAAACGGGAAGGAGAAACCAGCCGGUCGCAUCCCACACACGACUCGGUUGGGUGCUGCACGGAUACAGGUCGUCACAUACGCAAACUAUAGCCUUCUGUGGCCACACAGUAGCCAAAAAAGAGGAGAAGACAGAAGACAAUAUGGAAAACAUGAUGAAGAGGUUUUUCGACCUGGAAUCACUUGGGAUCGAAGCCAGAAAACAGAAAAAUGACCCAGAAGAGCGUGCGCUGGAGAUACUUAAGAAAACCAGUCGAAGACUUCCUGAUGGGCGCUUCGAAACCGCGCUGCUCUGGAAGGACGAGAAGGAAGUCAUUCCCAACAACUACAACGAUGCCUGGAAGCGUCUCAGGUCCCUGGAAAAGAAGCUGGAUCGAGACCCGGGCCUGAAAGAAAAAUACGAAGAAAGAAUAAACAACCUGCUGGAAUCCGGAUACGCAGUGCCAGCACAGGAGCCACCGGCAGCAGGGAGAACAUGGUACUUGCCUCACUUCGCCGUGUGCAACCCGGCGAAACCAAAAAUCAGGUUAGUACACGACGCCGCGGCCAGAUCCCAUGGCCGCAGCCUCAAUGACAUGCUGCUCUCCGGCCCCGACCUUCUUCAGUCGCUGCCAGGAGUCAUCAUGAGGUUCCGCCGACACUCUGUGGCGGUAACCGCGGACAUCAAGGAGAUGUUCAUGCGCAUCCGCGUCCGGAAAGAAGACCGGGACGCACUCCGCUUCCUGUGGAGAGGUAACGAACGAGAAGAAAAGCCGCAAGAGUACCAGAUGGCGUCCCUUAUCUUCGGGGCCACGUCAUCACCAUGCACGGCUCUGUACGUAAAAAACAAGAAUGCAGAAGAGUUCCAGGAAAAAUAUCCGCGUGCUGUAGCGGAAAUCAAGAAGAACCACUACAUGGACGACUUCAUAUCUAGCUUCCCGAGUGAAGAAGAAGCACUGGAGACAUCGCAGGAAGUCGACAUGGUCCACCGGCACGCCGGGUUCGAGCUGCGAGGCUAG